AUAAUUUAUUUGGAUCCAACGACUAAUAUGUGAAGAUUCUCACAUGGGGUGCACAAAAUGCAGCUUAAAUAGUGCAAAUUUAGGAGGAUCAUUCAUUGGAUGAAGAGUACAAUUCAGACACUGAUUGGUUUGAUGUUUCUUUGACAGGAAGCAUUUGAUUUGUUGUACGUGUCUGGGAGGGAAGUGAAAGAUAGGCUAAAGUAUAUUGCUUCACAGGUUGCUAAGCAUGAUUGCAACAGAAGACUUGAGUUUUACUCAAAAAGUGCUCAUGCACCGUUCAGGUGUAGAAGUAAAUAUGUUGUAGACUUCUGUUGAACUUCAAACCUAAAACAAUGUCUAGACACAGACAAAAACAUAAUAUGGCAUGCUUUCAAAGGGAAUCACCAGCAUUGAAGGAGAUUCUGCUCAGAUUAUACAGAGCUGAAAAGCCCUUGGAGUUUGAUCACCACUUGUAUGAAUUUGGAUCAGUGGAAUAUCAUGUUCAGGCUUCUGCAUCAAUUCCAGAUAACACCUAUUUGUCUAUAGCAACGCCACUCCUGUAUCAAGACUUCAUUCUCUCAUCUGGGCUACCACGUUAUACAUUAGAGAUGGUGAAGGGAAUCAGCCCUGAUGUCAUUGAGAUAAUUGAACCUCCAAAAGAAGGAUAUAAGUUGACAUUGAGACUCAAGUACUCAAGGAUUCCACGCAAUAAAGGUGGGGUGAAAAUGAUUGCAAGCAUUUCCUCUGUACAAGGUGUCAUCCUAAGCUCUCAGCUCAAAGAUAUGUUAAUGAAUGUCAAUUCACUAGAAGUCUCUCAAGGGAUGUACAGACCAGUCAAACUCAUUUAUCACCCAAGGGAACCUUUCUUUGUCAUCAAACAGCCAGAAAAAAUCACUGCAGUAUUCCCUAUGCGCUUUAAAGAAGAUACAGAUGUAAUCAUAGCAACAGCUUUCUUUCAGGAACUCAUGGAUAUUGGAAGCUCAAAAGCAUUUGUCAAAGCACCUCAUUGCAUCUGGUCUCCAAUCCCACCAGCUGAGUUGAGAGGAGAGCCCAUUGAAGAUCUGAGCACCAAUGGAGGAUUUGUCUCUUUUGAUAUCACUGGGCGUCAUGUUGAAGGCAAGAGGCUUGACAAAACUGUUUGGAACCUACUUAACUUUUAUGCAUUUGUGAAAUAUCAUGUAAAGAGCACUCGAGGCUUCAUUCAAAGAAGGAUGAGAACACGAUUAGAGAGCUUAGUUGAGGUAUUGUACAAUGCUGGAAUAAAAGAUGAACAUCAUAUUAAGAAGAAGAAUCGAGGACCUAAAGGAGUUAGGAAAUUGCUAAACUUCUCCAAAUCCAAGCUACUCAAGAAAAGAUACAAUUUCAUCAAUAAGAUCAAAAGAAUUCGAUCUAGAAUUAAAAUUCAUUGGUUCAGUCGUUUCCGCAAGCGAUGGUUGAAUUUUUCCAGAUUUUCUUCUGUAACAAGAUAUGAAAAACUAAACUAGUAUAAGUGCAACUUCACAAUAGCAAUAAUUGUACUUCAAUAACUUCUCCUACAACAUAUUGUUGAGGGUAAAUGUACUUGGACAAAAGGUGCCUGGUCUGUGUAUCUUUUUCCUUUUCUUUUACAAACUUUGUACUCAUCAAAACAGCAUUGGUGAGCAGAUUAUUUCAUUUGUCGACUCAUGAAA